UUCAGUCGACCAUAUUAUGCGUGGGCUGUCUCCGUGAUGACUUAAUACGUCGUUUUUAUUUCUCAAGCACUAUUGGUUGGGAGAAUGGCAUGAGAGUCGUUUGACAAUCUCGUGAUUUAGAGAACAAACGUUUUUAAGAUAGACGAGUUUUGCUAUCUUUCAUCAUUCAUCCCAAGCCAUGGAGUUGUUGCUGUCGGAAUAUCUGACCUUCGGGAAUAUUGUUUUCGCUGUCGUUUUGUUACUGAUUCUCAAUCAACUGAUUGAGCUUUAUCAGUUUAGAAGCAUGCCACCGGGACCUCGUUUGACAAGCUUGCCGUUAGUAGGAAAUUUGAUGAGCUUUGAUUCAGGGGAAAGUUUCAGUGAAGUAACAGCAAGCAUGAGGGAAAAAUACGGCACAGUAUAUUCUAUGAAGGUUGGAAGUUUCAAACUCGUAGUUGCCGAAGAUCCAGCAUCUGUGAAGGAAGUACUCGUCAAAAAAUCGGCUGAUUAUGCUGGAAGACCUCCGUUUCACAGCUAUAUGAUAGAAACACUUGGUGGAAAGGAUAUUGGUUUGGGAAACUAUGGUCCAGCUUGGAGAUUUCAUCGUAAGCUCUUUAUGACGGCUGUCAGGCAGUACUUGUCCGAUCAAAAAUUGGUGGAAGAUAGGAUCUCAGAGCAGGUGAUAAGGCUUAUGCAGUACUUUGAGGAUCAAAAUGGAAAUGACUUCGACCCUGGAAAGAUUUUCAUGGAGAGCGUCGCAAAUGUGAUAUGUCGAAUCACAUUCGGAAAGCACUUCGACUCGUCUCAUCCAGAUUUUGAGGAACUCUUGCAGUUGAAUAACGAGGCUUUUACCGACAUUGAAGCAAGCAAUCAAAUUUUUGUCUUAGAUUUCUUUCCGAUUGCAAAGUACCUUCCAUUUCGUGCCUACAAAUUAGUGCAGAAAAGUACGGACCGAAUCUUUGAAAUUCUCCGCCAGCAGUUAAAGAUUCAGGAAAAUGAGUUCGACCCCAACGCGGAGAUCGGAAGUCUCGUCGAAAGUCUUCUGAAAGAGAGGAUUGCUGCUGCGAAUGAGGUUGGUGCGGAGGAGAGAGCAUCCAUCCUAUCAGACGACUACAUGAUCAAUACCAUGGGAGACAUGUUUAGUGCUGGCUAUGAGACCACUAGUACGACCCUACGUUGGGCCAUUGCCUACCUUGUCCACCAUCCUGAAUGCCAGAGGGAUGUACAGAGUCAGCUGGACGACGUUGUUGGAAGAGAUCGCAUGCCAAGCCUGGAUGAUCGUCCAAAACUUCCUCUUGUUUUGGCCACAAUUAUGGAAACAUUGCGCCUCGGAAAUGUUGCUGAGGUAGCUAUUCCACAUUACACUCUGAGCGAUACUACAUUGACCGGUUAUCGCGUUCCAAAGGAUACCGUUGUGAUGAUCAACUUAAUGGCCGUUCAUCUUGAUCCAAGUCUUUGGGAGAACCCAAACUCAUUCGACCCUCGUCGCCAUAUUGACUCUGAUGGCCAACUUAUUACCAACUCUGGCAGUUUUCUGCCCUUCUCAGCUGGACGCCGGGUUUGUGCUGGCGAGGCCUUGGCAAAGGUGGAGCUGUUCCUCUUCUUGUCCUGGAUGCUGCAUAGAUUUACAUUUCUGCCAUCAGAGGAUGGCAAUCUCCCGGAUCUAAAAGGAGAAAAUGGGUUCACUCGCUUUCCAGCUGCUUACAAAAUUAGGGUUGAAAAACGCCCGUAAUAGGAUUUCAAGGAUGAACUAUUGGUAUAAUACAUGUACGCUUUUAAAUGGUUUUGGCUAGACAAACAAUUAAUGGAAAAUAAACAAUGACAUUAGAGCCUAUGAUUUUUUCCUCGAUCUUGGUAUCUACACCUUUCGUGAAAAUAAGAAUUAUUUCAUUCAAUUCGGUAAUUACAUCUCAGUAGUGGUUUAUCUUGUUAGUGGAACUUGAUAUAAUGCAUGCUUUGAAAAUCGUAGAUAAAAAUAGCCUUUAAUGAUGUUUUAAUACAGAACCUGUUUCCUUGUUUCCUUACAUGGUAAAUUUAGAAAAAGGUUUUAAUUAAAA